CUUCUUCAUCUACCCCUUUUGAUCCUUCAAUUUCUAAACUGUUCAGAUUUUUCUAAAGUUUCGAUUUUUUUUGGAGUAUCAAGUUCGAUUGAUUUUUCUCGAUGUCGGGUCCUCUUGAACGAUUCACAAGUCCAUGUUUCUCCAACAAUGGUGAGAGAAGAGAAAAGAAGUCAGAUUUCGAAGUUUCAGAGGAUGAGGAUAAGAAAACUAGAGUUGGUGGUCUUUUCAAGAAGAAAUCAUCCAAAUCCAAAUUCAGACAUUCCCUGAAGAGGAAAGGAAGCAGCACUAGGACGAGAAGCAUUGACCGGACUCUCUCACUUACCUUUGAAGACAUACAUGAUGCUGAAGAAUUAAGAUAUGUCUCUCAAUUCCGACAAUCACUCAUCUCUGAUCAUUUGCUGCCACCAAACCUUGAUGAUUAUCACAUCAUGUUGAGAUUCCUGUUCGCUAGGAAAUUUGAUCUUGGAAAAGCAAAGUUAAUGUGGACUAACAUGAUCCAUUGGAGAAGGGACUUUGGCACAGACACAAUCUUGGAGGACUUUGAGUUUCCUGAAUUGGAAGAAGUUCUCAAGUAUUAUCCUCAGGGAUAUCAUGGUGUUGAUAAGGAAGGGAGACCUGUUUACAUCGAAAGAUUAGGAAAAGUCGACGCAAGCAAACUCAUGCAAGUCACUACAUUGGAAAGAUAUUUGAGAUAUCAUGUUAAGGAGUUUGAGAAAACUAUUACUGUCAAGUUCCCUGCUUGCUGCAUUGCUGCUAAGAGACACAUUGACUCCAGUACAACAAUCCUAGAUGUCCAAGGCCUGGGCUUAAAAAAUUUCACUAAAACUGCUCGGGAUCUUAUUAUCCAGCUCCAAAAGAUUGAUAGUGAUAACUACCCUGAGACACUUCACCGUAUGUUUAUCAUCAAUGCCGGCUCUGGUUUUAAGCUACUUUGGGGCACAGUGAAAUCGUUUCUUGAUCCAAAGACUGUCUCCAAAAUACAUGUCCUUGGCAACAAGUACCAGAACAAACUACUUGAGAUGAUAGAUGCAAGCCAACUGCCAGAUUUUCUUGGUGGUACUUGCACUUGUGCAGAUCAGGGAGGUUGUAUGAGAUCUGAUAAAGGGCCCUGGAAAGACCCUGAGAUACUAAAGAUGGGCCGCAGUGGUGGGACGUUCUGUAGGCAUGCUGGUGCUUUCCUAAGCAGUGAUUCCCAAAUAUCCUCAUCGGAUAAGCAAACUUAUUCGUUGAAAGUUAGUGACACAUCAACAGCAGAGUCAGGGUCUGAAUUGGAAGAGAUGGCUUCACCGAAAACAAAUAUGAAUCAUGUACCCAAGUUGACUCCUGUUUCUGAAACUAUCAAGGCCAAUGGUAGCGUAAGUCCUAUUGUUUUAUCUGAGUAUGAAGAGUGUGUACCAAUGGUGGACAAAGUUGUGGAUGUUGUUGCUUGGCGGCCCCAAGAGAUGUCAAAUGCUUCUGAAGGUCCGCAAUAUUCAUCAAGUUUGGGAAAAAUAGGAUCAGUUAGUCAUAUCUGGAGGUGGCUAACUGCGUUCUUCAUAAACUUUUUCACACUCCUCGUGUCUCUGGCUCUGCCACAGACUAAAGAACACUCAGAGUUGCGUUCUUCAGGCGCUAGAGCUGAGCUGUGUGAUGAACGAAUUGCAAGGGAAUCUCGUCCUCCUUCGCCUUCUCGUUCAACAAUCACUGAAAGAGUUAUCAUUUCCUCUGUUUUAAGCAGACUUGGCAAUCUAGAGAAACAGAUAGAAACUCUUCACUUAAGGAAAUCUGAGAUGCCUCAAGAGAAAGAGGAGUUGCUGAAUGCUGCUGUAUAUCGUGUGGAUGCACUAGAAGCAGAGCUCAUCACCACGAAAAAGGCAUUACAUGAGGCUUUAAUGAGGCAAGAAGAACUUUUGGGUUACAUAGACCGGCAAGAGGAAGCUAAGUACCGGAGAAAGAAGUUCUGUUGGUGAAGAACUCGAGCUUGGGAGGUAAUUAGCAAAUAGUGCUUGUUCAGGGAUGAGAUUAACACAAGUAGGUCUGAAAGCAAAUAUCUCUGUUGAUACCUAAUAAUGUAUAUAAAAUAUAAGAAAAAACUUGCAAUGAGAUUUCAAUUUCAUCUCUUUCUUGUUAAAUUUGCUUGAUACUAUUGGAUUGUGUGAAUAAUUGGUGCUUGUGACA